AGCAGUGGUCCGAAAAACGUAGAAUGACAUGACAUGGAGCGCAACAUUUUAACUCUCAGUCAUUAUGCUGCUAGCAUUUUAUCUGGAAAGCACCAACUACCUUAUUAAUAAUGAUCCCUGUUGGUUCUUUUGAUUCAGUCGCAUUUUGAGUUUGACCAGAGAAAGUACACUCUUAAAACAUCCAGCUCCAACUGUGAUUACUUACUCUUCUUGGAAAAACAAGAAGUUAUAAUACGAGGAGAAAUCUUCUUAAUAUAAAUAGGAGAAAUCACAUGCCGAUGGCGCGAUAGGCGUUCCUGUCGCGUCAUGCGUUAAGCACUUCUUCAUGCCAGGUUUCCUCAGAAGAUCACGAGGAAAUUAUAGUACGAUAUUCAUCGAGGACCAGGAGGAGAACAGCUUGUCAACAUUCUUGUCGUAUGAACAUCAGCUUCCACAACAACAAGAAAGAACGGAUACAACUAAUUCCGCCUGGAGGUUUGCAAAACAAUAUCAAAGAGCUGCAAAAAACAUGGUGCACGUGGGUUUCGGUCACUCCGCAGCCGGAGGAGGAGCACCAGAUGCCGCAGCUGCCCAUCCACAAUUGAGCGCAAGCACUGCAACCAUCUCUAACCGAGACGAUCUGGCGGAGUUCGGUAACUCACUUACACUCCUCUGCGGAAUCGCAUUGCUGCUGUAUGGGAUGCAGGGAUCGAUUUUGAGUUGGCGCGGGUGCAUGAAGUGUCGCGUUUUGAUGCGGUCGUUUGGGUUUUUUCAGUUACGAGAACGCCAGAGGAAGGCCAAAGAGCGUCAGGCUGCAGGUGAGCCGGUGCCAGAGGAUGAGGAAGAUCGUAAUACUUUCCAUCACGAUUCCUACUUACACGCAUGGCUUUAUGAAGCAAACUCAAACUUUUUAACUAAGCAACUUCUACACGUAUUACUCAAGCAAAUCUACACGUAUUGCUCAACAAGCAAAGAACUCAUAGAUACUAAGACGUAUUACUCAAGCAAAGAACUCAUACUCAAACUGAAUAUACCAACAGUGUCCUCCGUCACUCCUACUCGUAAGGAGAAAGCGGAUUGCAUUAGGAAUAUCCUUCGUUUCGGAGAAAUGCAUAUGUCCGAGAUGAUGUCUGAUGUUAAGGCUUCCGCUCUUUCCGCUAAUGGAUCUCUAUUUGCUAUAUAACAAAAUGUUGGGGAUCCCUCAAGAACUGCGUUAGAAUGACGUAAAACGAGGUAGCAUGACAUGACUCAAGCGUGGUAACUACGAACCGUACAACUAUGGAUCCCAUAUGGUCUACAAGGGGACUACAACGAUUGCUUAAAAAUAAAGAGGCCUGUAUGCUGCACCCGAAUACAACAAGGAAAUUUUUACCAAGGCAUUAUACGCUUGAGGGAUCGCCACAGAGAUGAAUUGGGAAGAGAUCGCUAAUGACGUGGAUGAGACUCCGAGCCACAUCUUCAAAGGGACGUGGCUGGUGGCGUGCUUGAUCUUCAUGCAAGUGAGAUUCAUGGAUAUGCAUUUUUUGCAGAGGGAAUUGCAGUUACGGAUUUUCUAGAUUGUGAUGCUGAUGUGGAUUAAUUCUCAAAUCAUACAUAGAUUGUGUCUUUGCUAUUUUUCUUGUCAAGGACUAUGUAGGAGUAUGUAAGCUCCUUUAUCUAUGAUCACAUCGUUCAGUAGAUAAUUGAGAAGUUGUACACGUUUUGAUGGAUCACAAUCUGCUGAUAAUUGAUUGAAUUAGUAACAACAUGGUCCCUGAAGAAGUUGUAGAUACUUAUACGAGAACUAGACGGAAAGUUCCUGUUCUAGAACUGAAGAUGCUGUCUGAUUCUGAAACCAGCUUUGUUGAUGUAUCGGCCGAUUCCUCGGAAAGAACAUUAAAAAAAUGUUAAAGCAGGACAAUAACAAGACUACAUUCUGAAAUCUACUCUUCACACCCUUUUCCACCUUGGUCUUCUAAUGCAAGACGUCGCCAUUCCGAUUGUCCGGCGAACGGUCCUACCCAACGGUGGGAGUGGUCCUCGCGGCGCCGCCCCGAAAGCUGCAGCUACUGGUGCUAGAGCAGCAUCUGCGUUUUUACAAGAGGAGUUGUCUGAAGGUCGUGGUCCUCGACAAGCGUUGCUUGAGGUGGAAGUCAGCGCUAUGGGGGACGAAGUUGAAGCGGCGUCGCCGUUUCUAGAACGGAAACUUGGAGAAGACGAGUUUUCCGGAGAGUGGAACAUGGAAAAGAUGGCUGGAUCGUCUGUUAUGGAGGAAAUUGAUAGAGAUGGUUGUCCUCGAGAAUGUGCAUGGAUGUUAUUAUACAGUCAGAGUACAGGAGCCAUGAUGAAUGGUUCCGGUAUUUGGUAACCUGAAUUUGAUCAUAAGGGAAAACAAGAAGAGAACCCUUAGGAUCAAAUUCAGGUUACCAAAUACCAGAACCAUACACUUACACAUGAACUACAAAAACAAAUUGACUUGCUUUUGAUUAGAAAUCUAUAGAGAUGGUUGUCGAGAAUGUGUAUGUGCAGCUCCAUAUUUUUAUCUAUGCUUCCAGUAUUUCUUGGUAACCUGAUUUUGAUCAUAAGGGAAAUGGAAAACAAGAAGAGAACCCUUGUUUUUACCAAAUAUCGGAACCAUUCAUUUUAGAAUCAGUAACUGUCGAUCAUAUAAUUAACCUCACUGCUCUAAUGAUUUUCUACAAGCAGGAAGACAAGCAGCAGCUGCAGGAGCUGCAGUCCAACAAAGUGCAGCUGGAGCACCAGGUGGUGGAGCUGCUCAGGCACCUUCUCCCCCUUCAUCAACGAAGGCGGAGAGAAUGUCCGCUUUCGAUCCUUGGGCUAUCAUGAUUCGGUACAUUCUGGACGUCAUUCGCGUUUUCUGCUUGGUCGCUGGGUUGCUCUUCUGUUAAGGCUCUACUAGUCGCCAGCCCGCAUCGAGCAUUUUCUCUCCUACGUAUUUUCGUUGUAGUUCCUAGAACAAGAAGACUACUUCUUGUUUUGAUGUUUCUACUCCGCAUGUUGAUUCUUCUCUUUUUAGAACGAAGUAGAAAGAAUACACCCAGUAGAAGCUCUACCACGUCUAAUUCAGCGUUUUCAUUCCCCGAGCAAAGCGAAAAGACUAUUGGGUUAACGACCUACCCAAAGACGUGACUCACGCUGAAGUCCGUGUCCUGCUGGAAAACAGAAACGUGAGCUGGAUUCCGUCUGAUAUUUAUGGUCGUGUUGCAUUUCUUGAACUGUGUAUCUCAUAAUCAAUGGUCGUAACUGAUAUUUUUUAUGGUCGUGGUAACUGCUAUCAUAAUCAUAUCUACUGCUACUUGGAAGUAGAUGACGCAGUCUUCACCAGACUUGUUGAUAGAAACUUCCGCGCCAACUUACUAGGGGUACCAAGAGGAGCGCGACUACGCAAAAAUCUACUUCAUGAUUUAAGAACGAUUAAGACCAUCAACUACUCAAACUUCUCCCCACACCGUCUUACACCAUCCUCACCCGUUAGAGGUCUAAUCUUCGUGGCAUGGUUGGUCUGCUGUAGUUGCUGGCACUUGUGGCAUUGUGAGCGCUGUCUGUCUCAUCUUCGAUAUUUGGACUCGAUCCGCCAUUGGCGGUUAUGACGCUCAUGAGUUCAUCGUCCGACGCAAAUUUGAACUCGUGCAGAUUGAGAGACUUUCCGUUAGUGGUAUUGGUCUUGCUACAAAUACUGAUACAACUUUUUAUGUUCAUCAUGGUUUAAUUACUUAAAUGUGCUGAGUGGUACACAGAUAUUACAUACUGUUGAAUCAGGAAAACAAUCUAACCAAGUUGUACAACUCAAUUGUUCACCGUCGCACCAAAUAACCCCAGGUGCCCCAAUUCCCCCUGGAGAGCUUCCCGCUGACCCGACUGCUUUCCGCAAUCUGUUAAAAAGUCUUCAAAAGACUGACUUUGCGUUCUACGAUCCAAAUGCUAUCUGCGAAGGAGCAAAUUGGAAAUCAGGUGGAUUCGCAACGUUCAUGCAGUGUGCACCGUUUUUUUAAGGCAAGUUGGUCGAUGUUUUUUGACUGCAAGAUUCUGAUAACAGUAUCUAUAUCUUUAUCUUUCAUAUCUCCCCAUCGCUGCUCGUCUAAUCCUAACCCGGCGAGCGAAUGUGGUCUUUUUUGAUCGUAAUGCGUUGCUUGGCUCUCGUUGGUUAUUUUUGGUCGGUUGCUUCCAUGAUGUUGAAAUUCAAGUCAGUGGAGAUCGGAAGUACGAGGUUCUACCGUGGCCUACGAGCUGAGGUUGCGAUCGUCAAACUGGCUUCAUGGGAAGCGGGUUUCAUUGCUGUUGUUAAGGGUUCACUACUCAAUUUUGAUACAGCUGCGUUAAUCCGCUCGAGUAUGCAGGUAAAACAUUGUUAAAGGUACUCAAUUUUGAUACAGCUGCGUUAAUCCGCUCGAGUAUGCAGGUAAAACUGUGGGCGGCGGGCUGAAUCCUAAUCCUAAUCCUAUAAGUACAUGAGCAAGCUCAUCCUACUCAGACAGAGUGAGAAGCACAUGGAUCUUGGAGACGUUUACUUCUACUUAAAUAAUUAUAAUUUUUUCAAAGGUUUUGGCUUUACUUUUUGUUGGAACAUUCGAACACAGACUGUUAAGCCGCGUCUAGUUUCUCACUGGGAAGCGCUGGAGUUUGAUACUAACAGAACGCACUAACAGCCUGAGACAAAUGAUCUCUGGUUGGUCAUUUCUCCGGGGCGAGCACAGGACGGGCCGGGCCCUUCCUCUGGGUCGCCGUGUCUUACCUCGUAUCCAGGCCUUGCCCGGCGGCUUCGCGGCAUGGAUGCCGUUCCUCAGCCCUCCCAGUGGCGGGCGUGUCGAGUUCUGACAUCAGUCGGAUUCGAACCCUGCGUCAUUCAGAUCCGGAGAAACUGAACUGAGACACUUGACCACUAGGCGAAAUGAUCCCUGUGCUGCUUUGUCCUUGACUGUGUUGAGAGACUUGAAACGACAAACGAGAGAGAGAAAGGAGAAACCGCCGACACCCGCGCCAACUAAGGCCAACGCGUUGAAAGUGGUGCCGGUGGGUACCUUGUUCGCCUGGCGAUCUUGGUCAUUUUGCUGAUCUUCAUCCUUCUGAUCUUGGUGGAUCUUUGGGAAGUUUCAAGGAUUUACGACCAUGACCAACACUUUUAGUGAAUGGCUCCGGUAUUUGAUAACCUGAAUUUGAUCAUAAGGGAAAACAAGAAGAGAACCCUUAGGAUCAAACUCAGGUUACAAAAUACCAGAGCCAUACACUUAGCGUGAUUCCUGGCCCCUACUAGUAGCCUCACCUCAAAUGUUCGUUUGGUGUCUGUGUAGCAGUACUAGUCACUCAAAGGGAAAUAUUUAUAUUAAAUAGAAGAUCCCACCACGAACUACACGGAUCGAUGCUGCUGCUCAAGAUGGAAAUGGAUCAGGAUGUUGACCUCUACUUCUAAUAGAGUAGUUUAUAGAACGGAUGUAGGAUGGACUUGGAAACGGAUGUAGGAGGACCCCCCUGAUUCUUCCGAUCCUACUUGCAAUGGUGGAAAGUCCAUCCGAUCCAUCCGAUAGAUCCCAUCCCGGAUCUGGCACCCGCCCUAUAAAUGAUUCUAUUCUAUCUUAUUAUCUAUAGUAUAGAUUACUCUACUCUAAUGCUGGCUAUUGGUACACGCCGCACAGUUUGAGCGACUACUUCAACUACGCGGAGAAGCCAAGUCUCCAAGUCUUCCUGCUGUUGAUCACGUUUGGGGUUCUGUCGCAGUUUCUGUGGGGUCUUUUCUGCGCUUACUCGGAUCUAAUCGUGGAUUUUGAGUAUCCGGACUGGAUUCUAGCCAGAAAAUUCGACGGUUCUUGGGGUCGAUAUGAGGACAUCUUGAUGAAGCAGCUGUUCAAGGUCCACCACACCCGGGUCCGCGAUCCCGGACGCGAGCGAUUCGCCGAGCUUCUGGCAAUGCCCCCGGAGGAUCUCCAGGUUGGCCAGGUGUUUUUAUACCAAGCACACCCGGAAUUUUAUGGACCACCACGUGGAAUUCAUAUUUUUAUACUUUAAUGAUAUUUUUGAUAACAUUUACUUGUUUGUUUGUUUUGAUGCGCUCCGGGCGACGCGUACGAUCCCGCCGGAUUUCUUUGUGCUCUGUGUGUGUAGUGCUAUGGUCGUCAUUGCGGUCGACUAUGGUAUGUCCGGCCGCCGCAGUCCCCGCCAGCUGCGGCUUUUGUGGCAUGCCGGGCGCGGUGUGCUGCACCAGCAUUUACUUACCAGUACUAGAACUUCAAUUUCAGUCAAAAAUGAUCAUUUGAUGUUAACAUGAUAAGAUCAAACUGUGGUGCUACUGAUAAUCCUGUUCAUCUGUGAACCCGGUCGUGACUGUGAGGACUUGUGAGCUACCAGACGGUACCACAUGAACAAGACAAAUACAAGAGGAAAAACACCAACGUCGAUAUAUUCCAUGACUUCCUCUACUAGGCAGCUCUAAGGCCUACUCCGACACCGCGUUGCAAGUCGAUUGAUGCCUUCGCAAAUAUCAGAGCACGACGUUGAAGAAAAUGACCCGAGAGCCAGUGGCGGCAGUCAUGGAUCGGGUGACCACGGUUUGCCUGCACCAGUUAAGGCUCCUUAAAGUAAGUCAUUUCAUCCAAGGAAGACUAUUUUCCUCUGUUGUAGUUUCCAUCUUCCAAGAAGGGGAAGCAGGAUCAACAUACAACAUUGAUUCUCCUCUGACUGUAGUUUCCCACAUGAUGGGAAAUUCAGGUCGGAAAUGAACUGAAGAAGGAAGUAGAAAUGAUUUAAAAAUGUUGACCUCUUCCCCUGUAGAAGUUUUAGAAAUGAUUUAGUGACUUCUUGUUUUGAGCUUGUCUAAGUCUAAACCAGGAAGCGACUUCAGCAGCAGCACUGCACGAACUCAACUGCUGCGCAUAACCCAAGCUGCUGGGGUGCGUGGGUUGAGCGGACAAGACCAAAUCCAGAUAGACAAUGGAACCCGACAAUUGGUGAAGUCGACCUAUCUCCCUGGCGCCCCAACUCCUGGAUCACUGGCCUCGCACAGAGCAAUGCGGUCGGUGGCGGUUGAGCAAGCCCUCAUUCGCGAAAACAACUGGCUGGAUCCGAACUUAGUUCAGGUGUUGGCUAUUAUGACGACUUUUGUUGAAUAAAUCAGCUCCUGCUGAGUUGACGAGGAGAAGGAACAGAUUUCACAAAAAAUACGCCUCUUUGGUGGUGGAUGAUGCAGGAAUAGACAAGAUUUUGGACAGCAUCUUUUUCUUCUCGAGAACGAAGUGUAGAUGAACAAGCUACAUGAUCCUUCUUCUAACACAUUGCGUGGCGACGCCGCUGCAGCCCGCAUCGCGGAAAACUCCGAUGAAGACGCGGAAGGCUAACCUUAUAUUCUCGAGAACGAAACCAGGUUCUUGUUGAGGUUCCAAGAGCAUAGUCGCAGAGAUGAUGAAAAUAUAUUACAUCAGGAGCAGUAUUAGCAUAAGCAUACUUCGAAAAAAUAACAAGACAAAUAUGUACAUGACCAUGAAAUUGAAAAAAAUGUCCUUACUAGUUGUAGUAAUUGAGUCGCAUUUCAACAUCCAUAGUAGACAGUACGUAGCAUUACAGCACAAGCAUAGAUGAAGUUGUCGAAGAUCUCCAUUGUCAUACAACAUGGGCAUACUCAAUAUCCAUAGAAGCAUCCAACAUAAUUGUAUUUGGAAUAUGCAGGAAGUAGAUCUAAGAAUGAAUGACAAUUGUAUUUGUAAUAUGCAGGAAAUAGAUCUAAGAUUGAUGAAUGAUCAUUGAUUUCCUUUCCGGCCGUCACCUAAUCAUACUAAAUCUUGAACCAUUACUACAUCAGAAAAGAGCAGUAAGGAAUUCGAGUGGGUAGAAUAUGGAGAAAAACGAUCUCCACCAAGCAGUAAGUACAAGAACAAGGAGCAACAGCAUUAUAUUUUUCUAAUUACAGUUUCAACCGGCAUCACUGCUCUGUACAUGUACUAGUGUUUAUUUAUUGGUCGAUAUUCUAGAAGUAGUAGUACCAAAACUAUUGAUAAUCAUAAUUGACAUACAUUGAAAUUGAUACUUACAUAGAAGAUACCGACAGUGUCGCUUGGUGUCGUUCUUGCAUCCUGAUUUCCAAGAAAAACUGUGUAUUAUUAGGGGAAGAUGAAGGCUAAGCUUGAGUCGUAGGAUCAAAAUCAUGCGAACAGCAAAGGCGGGACGCGACUGAUGAUAAAGAGCAGAAAACCUUCGUGAUAUUGUACUUAGUUGGAAAAGCCACCAGAAAAUAAAUUAUAAUGACUGUACGUAGAAGCUGCUGCAGUUUACAGCUAUUGA